GUGACAGUGUAUUUGCCAACAUGGCACCCAAAAAGAAGAUUGUCAAAAAGAACAAAGCAGAUAUCAAUGAGAUGACUAUAAUCGUAGAAGAUAGCCCCCUAAACAAACUGAAUGCUUUGAAUGGGCUCCUAGAGGGAGGCAAUGGCCUUAGCUGCAUUUCUUCUGAACUAACAGAUGCUUCUUAUGGCCCCAACCUCUUGGAAGGUUUAAGUAAAAUGCGGCAGGAGAACUUCCUAUGUGACUUAGUCGUUGGUACCAAAACCAAAUCCUUUGAUGUUCAUAAGUCAGUGAUGGCUUCAUGCAGUGAGUAUUUUUACAACAUCCUAAGAAAAGACCCGUCGACUCAGAGGGUGGAUCUCAAUGAUAUCUCACCACUAGGCCUGGCCACUGUCAUUGCAUAUGCCUACACUGGAAAGCUCACUCUCUCCUUGUAUACAAUAGGAAGCAUUAUUUCUGCCGCUGUUUAUCUUCAGAUCCAUACUCUUGUAAAGAUGUGCAGUGAUUUUCUGAUACAGGAGAUGAGUGUUGAGAAUUGCAUGUAUGUUGUUAAUAUUGCUGAAACAUACUCCCUAAAAAAUGCAAAAGCAGCAGCCCAGAAAUUUAUUCGGGAUAACUUCCUUGAAUUUGCAGAAUCGGAUCAGUUUAUGAAACUUACAUUUGAACAAAUUAAUGAACUUCUUAUGGAUGAUGACUUACAGUUGCCUUCUGAGAUAGUAGCAUUCCAGAUCGCAAUGAAAUGGUUAGAAUUUGACCAAAAGAGAGUAAAAUACGCUGCAGAUCUUUUGAGCAAUAUUCGCUUUGGUACCAUCUCUGCACAAGACCUGGUCAAUUAUGUUCAAUCCGUACCAAGAAUGAUGCAAGAUGCUGAUUGUCACAGACUUCUCGUAGAUGCUAUGAACUACCACUUGCUUCCAUAUCAUCAAAACACAUUGCAAUCUAGGCGAACAAGAAUCCGAGGCGGCUGCCGAGUCCUCGUCACUGUUGGGGGACGCCCAGGCCUUACUGAGAAGUCCCUUAGCAGAGACAUCUUGUAUAGAGACCCUGAAAAUGGAUGGAGCAAGCUUACGGAAAUGCCAGCCAAAAGUUUUAAUCAGUGUGUGGCUGUGAUGGAUGGAUUUCUUUAUGUAGCCGGUGGUGAAGACCAGAAUGAUGCAAGAAAUCAAGCCAAGCAUGCAGUCAGCAAUUUCUGCAGAUACGAUCCCCGCUUCAACACCUGGAUACACCUGGCCAACAUGAACCAGAAGCGCACGCACUUCAGCCUGAGCGUGUUCAACGGGCUCCUGUAUGCCGCGGGCGGCCGCAACGCAGAAGGAAGCCUGGCCUCACUGGAGUGCUACGUGCCCUCCACCAAUCAGUGGCAGCCGAAGACGCCCCUGGAGGUGGCGCGCUGCUGCCACGCCAGCGCGGUCGCCGACGGCCGCGUGCUGGUGACCGGAGGCUACAUCGCCAACGCCUACUCGCGCUCUGUGUGCGCCUACGACCCGGCCAGCGACUCGUGGCAGGAGCUGCCGAACCUGAGCACACCCCGGGGCUGGCACUGCGCGGUCACGCUGAGCGACAGAGUGUACGUGAUGGGCGGCAGCCAGCUGGGGCCGCGCGGGGAGCGCGUGGACGUGCUCACCGUGGAGUGCUACAGCCCCGCGACCGGCCAGUGGAGCUACGCGGCGCCGCUGCAGGUGGGAGUGAGCACGGCGGGCGUCUCGGCGCUGCACGGCCGCGCCUACCUGGUGGGGGGCUGGAACGAGGGCGAGAAGAAGUACAAGAAGUGCAUCCAGUGCUUCAGCCCCGAGCUCAACGAGUGGACGGAGGACGACGAGCUACCCGAGGCCACUGUCGGCGUGUCCUGCUGCACCCUCUCGAUGCCCAACAACGUGACUCGGGAAUCCCGGGCCAGUUCGGUAUCUUCUGUGCCAGUCAGUAUCUGAGCCCAGGUAGAUGCAGGGACGCAGGAAGAACACCUGAUUUAUUCAUAGAGCCACGUGGUUAACCUCUGAGUUCUCGAAAAGGAAAAUAUGUAACAUUUACUACACUGAUUGUAUUGUAAAA